CCGGGUAAUCUUUGGGGUUAGAUUGUCUGGAAACUUCCCAUCACUUGGAGGUCGAACAGUAAUAGUGAACCUGAACCUCUAACAGACACCAUGCAUUUUGCCGGGGUUUAGUAACAUCACACAAACAACCUGCUGAUAUUCCUCUUUUUUUUUUUAAGUGUCUGUCCCCUGAUCGACUCAGACAUGCGGCUGUCUCUGCUCUGCGUUUGGACGAAUUGGAUUUUAACUCUUCACACCGUAGCUCAGCAUCAUCCUCACCGAGAGGAGGGAGACGUGCAGCCUGGCCACCGCGAGGGGGUUCAGACCGGGUGGAGGAGGCAGAGCCUCGGCAGACCGACCCCGCUGCAGCCGGACGCCAACAAGCCGGCGGCGGUGAAGGAACCCGAGGAGAAGGUCAGAGGAGGGCAGGCCAGCGGCCGCAGGAGAGCACUUCUGACCGGUCCUCAUGUCUGUGGAGGUCAGUGCUGCGUUGGAUGGACUUUGACGCCUAGAACCAGGAGAUGCACCAAACCCAGAUGUUUUCCUCGUUGCCAUAACGGAGCGUUGUGCCGACAAUCUAAUCGCUGUGUUUGCCGGCAAGGUUUCCACGGUCCUCGCUGUGAGUUUUCCACGGUGACGUUUUCUGUGCUAGAGCGGCCACUGACCUCCCUCCAACCCACCAUCAUCCCACACAGGCCUCCUGUCCAAUUCAACCCCCCCCAUAAUCCUCCAGGACCAACCACCACCCCGAAGAGAACCACCAGACCUGUUCAAUGCCACGUCAUGGCAGCUUGCUCUGGUCCUGCUGCCAUUUUCCCUCUGUUUGCCUCCACCAGAGCUGCCACAACAAAGAUCACCAGCAAAGCUGCCAUUUUAAAUGCUAAACCAGGAGCCUCAGACCUGGAUCCAUCUACUCCAGCUGAAACCCACAACAGAGAAGAGGAUGCUAAGAUCCCCAUCUCUGGUUCUGCUAAGUGUAGACUCAAAACUGAAGGUGUUCAAAAAAGGUUUCCACUGCCUGAGGAGAACCAGGCCUCUCUGAAAAGUAAGGAGGUGAAGAUGAAGAUCACAGCUGAGGAAGCACUGACUAAAGCUGGAUCUAAAUCUGGAACCUGUACCAGAGACACUGAGGCCAAAGAGGAAGGAGCACAGAUCACAGAAAAAACUCCAACCCUGAAGUCUGAUCCAGAACCUGAGGCCGAGGAAGCUUUACACUCAAAUUCAGAGACAAGAUUCGCCUCCUUUAAAACCUCUAGUGUGGAGUCCCAUCCACAGACUGAGAUACAGGAAGGAGCAGAUCCAGGGUCUCUGACUGAAAACCAGAAUCUAGAGUCUCUUUCAGGGUCUGAGACUGAAGAAAGGUCUAUGACAGCAGAUGAAAGUGUAAUCCGACAGUCUGGCUCAGCUAAAAGAUCAACAGCCUACACAGUCCCAAACCUGAGGCCUGAAGCAGAGAGAGGAGGAUCUCUGAUGUCCAGGUCUGGGUCUGGGUCUAAAGAAGAACAAACUAGUUCAAGUUCUGAGUCAGAGGAAAGGGAAGGGGUCUUUAAAAUCUCACAGGUAGAGUUUUAUUCAGGGUCUAAAGUAGAGAACCAGAGACGGGCAAGCUCUAAGAUUCCAGACCUGGGGUCUGAUCAGGUUCUGAGAGGGGAGAGAACUGUGGAUCCUGCAGAGACGAGGAGGAAGGAGGUGGAGAGGCUGAAGAGCGGAGGAGCAAAGAAGCAGUUGCUGAGUCUGCAGGAGGCCCAGGCCGUUCUGCUGAGGAAGACUCUGUCACGGGGAGGAAGAGGAGACAAGAUGGCUACCCUGCUGAUGAAGCACAUUGAGAAGGAGAGGAAGAAACUUCGCGCUCUGACCUCCUCUUCUUCCUCUACCAACUCUUCCUCAUCAUCAUCAUCAUCAUCAUCAUCAUCAUCAUCUACUUCAGUUAAAACCAGUGUGAAGAGUUUCCACACGCAGAGGGGCCAGUACACCGUCCACGUCACUGUACCCUCAGCUGAUGGACAGACAGCCACAGAAGGGGGAGGGGGAGGAGGAGGAGGGGUGGAGAGGAUCCAGGUGAUGUUCACGCCAACCAUCUGCAAGGUGCGCUGCAGCCAGGGCCGAUGCGUCAACUACUGUGAGAGAGGCAACAUGACCACGCUGUACAGCAACAGUGAGGGCGGAGGAGGAAGAGGGGGAAGGAGAGACGGCUCUCACGGACCAGGCUUCAGAAUCUUCCUCUGCCCUCUGCUCUGUAAGAACGGAGGCGUCUGCCUGCAGAAGGAUCGCUGUUUCUGCCCACCAACCUUCACUGGAAAGUUCUGCCAGAUCCCUGUUGCCCCCACCUCCGCCGCAGCUUCCCCUGCCGCAGCUGCCCCAUCCUCCACCAAUGAGAUCGUCAAGCCUGCGCUCUUCACCGCCAUGGCAGCCAAUCAGGAGAUGACCAGGUCAGAGUUCCUCUUGCCACUGGGACAGAACCAGGAGGCAGCAAGGUCUGGAGUUCCUAGUCCGUCCAUGGUGAAGGUCAGAGUGCAGCACCCCCCUGAGGCCAGCGUGAAGAUCCACCAGGUGGUGAAGGUGUCUGGAUUCAGUCCCACCCUGCGGACGCUCUCUUCUCCCUCCUCCUCCUCCUCCUCGGGGUCAGCAGGUGCUCCGGCUCCAGCAGGGAGGCCAGUCCAGGCCCAGACAGUGAGGGGGGAUGGGACAUACACCCAGUAUUCUGGGUUCAAGUACUGCUUCAGAGAGGUCAAAGAUGGACAGUGCAGCUCUCCUCUGCCUGGACUGAGGAGCAGGGAAAUGUGCUGCAGAGGCAUCGGGAAGGGCUGGGGAAUCACCGACUGUGUCCUCUGUCCUGAUAGUACAGCAGUUGAAAGCAACAGUAGCUGUCCUGUUGGUUUUGAGCAAGCCAAUGGAACACAGUGUGUCGAUGUGAAUGAGUGCCUUCAGCCAGGGCUGUGUGAGAACGGGAUCUGUGUGAACACCAGGGGGAGCUAUAGCUGUGUGUGUAGGGCGGGGUUCAUCCUUGAUGCCUCACAUGGAAUCUGCAUCUCCCAGAGUGUGAUAUCAGAGGAGAAGGGUCAGUGUCACCGGGUCCUGGGCUCAGGUCAGGGUCCAUCCUCCUGCUCCUUGCCCAUCCUCAGGAACAUCACCAAACAGAUAUGCUGCUGCAGCCGAGUCGGCAAAGCUUGGGGACCCGACUGCCAGAGGUGUCCUUACUUUGGUUCAGUGGCCUUUAAGGAGAUCUGUCCAGCCGGUCCUGGUUAUCAUUACUCAGCUUCAGCCCUGCAGUUCAACCAGAGAGUAACCCAACAGCUGGGGGGACGAGGAGCCCCACUGGUACCCCACGGCAGCCAGGAGAACCAGGAGAACCAGGGUCCUGAUUCCGGUGCCAGUAGCAGCGGAUCCUCCAGGUCUCAGCAGAAACCUUCGACCUCUGGAGCGACAGCUGGUGGAGCAAGUACUUUACUGGACUCUGCUUCGGGUGUUGGCUCCAGCGCUGGAUCAACUGGCACUAGCAGUAUCCAGACUAGACCCAGUCUACCUCAGCCUCAACCCCGGCCUCCGCCUCAGCCUCCGUCUCAGCCUCAGACCCGCCCGGCCGCUGGCUCUCCCCCCUACAGACCAGUACAGCCUGGCAGCACCGACACCACAGGCACCCACGUCAAACCCCAGACUCCUGGCAGAACUGGGACCCAGCAGAGCUUUCCUGAAUCUGCUCCAUCAUUCUCAAAACAACCAAGACCACAGCCUCCGUCCACCGGGAGUCAAGCAGGUGCUCGUCCCUCCACUGUGUCCCGACCAGACCAUCCACCAGCCAGAGGGGACUCGCUCCCCGCUCCGGCCCAGCCACAGAGCCCCGAGCAUGGCUCAAGAACCAGCGCAGAACUCCCUCCUCUGCAGAACAGACCACCUGUCAGCCCGACCAGCAGACCGACCAGAGUCCAGACAGUGCGAGGUAUGUGCGAGAGCAGACCAGGGGUGUGUGGGCGUGGCCGCUGUGUGGAUCAGCCAGGUGGGAAACACACCUGUGUGUGUUAUCAGGGAUACCAGCCCAACUCUCAGCACACACACUGCCAAGAUGUGAAUGAGUGUGUGCAGUCUCCAGGUGUGUGUUCAGUGGGAGAGUGUGUGAACACCAUGGGAAGCUACAGAUGUGUGUGUCCGUCCGGAUACAGGAGCAGCAGCCAGCAGACCGGUUGUCAAGACAUUGACGAGUGUCAGCUGAACCCCUGCAGGAACGGGCGCUGUGAAAACAUGCCAGGCAGCUACAGAUGUGUCUGUCGCCUUGGUUACAGACUCACCGGCAACACCUGCACAGAUGUGGAUGAGUGUGAAGACCCUCUGCAGUGUCCAGGUCAGGAGUGUAUCAACAGUCCUGGUUCGUAUCGCUGCGCGUCCUGUCAGCCUGGAUAUGGACUACUCAACAGGCUCUGUACAGACAUCGACGAAUGCCGCCAGGCUCCCUGCGCCAACGGUCGCUGUGAAAACACAGCCGGAAGCUACCGCUGUGUCUGUCACCAUGGUUACAAGCUCCACAACAACAACUGUACAGAUGUAGAUGAGUGUGCAGAGCCGUCUCAGUGUCCAGGUCAGAUGUGUGUGAACUCAGUGGGAUCGUACCGCUGUUUGUCUUGUCGGCCGGGAUACACACUGACCAACAGACAGUGUUCAGAUGUGAAUGAGUGUGAGAACAGCAAGACUUGUCCUGGUCAGCAGUGUGUGAACACUGAAGGAUCCUACAGCUGUGUGGACUGUCAGCAGGGAUACCACAGUGUGAAUGGAGUGUGUUCAGAUAUAGACGAGUGUGCGAGUACAGGGGCGUGCGAGCCUGAGCGAGUGUGUGUGAACACUGUCGGGUCGUUCAGGUGUGACUGUCCUCCUGGGUAUCGAACCUCCGGCCUUGGGAGACAGUGCAGAGACAUUAACGAGUGUUUGGAGAGUGAUUUCUGUUUCUCUGGAGGAGAGUGUGUGAACACACCUGGAUCCUACUCGUGUGUGUGUUCUCAGGGAUUCAUGCUGAGUGACAACAGGACGUCCUGUCUCGAUGUGGAUGAGUGUCUGAAGCCAGGUGUGUGUUUGGACGGUCACUGUAUGAACACUGAAGGCUCCUUCCAGUGCCAGUGUCAAACUGGCUUCACUACCAACCCAGAGAAGACCACCUGCCUCGAUGUUGAUGAGUGCGUUUCGUCUGGCGGGUCAGUUUGCGGGUCACAGCGUUGUGAGAACACCAUUGGUUCGUACCGCUGCCUCACUUCCUGUGAGCCGGGCUACCAGGUGACACAGUCCGGCAAGUGUGUAGAUAUUAAUGAGUGCACCAAUAAGACGGUGUGUGGGGACCACGCCUUCUGUCAGAACCUGAUAGGAACCUACCUGUGUGUGUGUGACAUGGGCUUCACCACCACUGCCGAUGGAAAAGCCUGCGUGGAUGAGGAUGAGUGUGUGUCUCUGCAGGAUGCGUGUGGUUCUGCUCGUUGCGAGAACAUGGAGGGAUCCUUCAUAUGUGUGUGUGACGACCUGGAGGAGUUUGACGUUGCGGCUAGGAAGUGUGUCAGCCCUGUACAAUCAGCAGUGGGCCCCAACUACUCUUCCUCCUCCUCCUCCUCCUCCUCCUCCUCCUCGUCCUCAUCCUCCUCAUCCUCAUCCUUCCAUGUCAGUGUGGUGGAGUUUGAUCCUUUGCUGCCCCCCCUCCCUGCAGCCCGUCCUGGCGAGCUGCGGGAGUGUUACUACAACCUGGCAGAGCAAGGAACCUGCAGCCUGCUGGCCACCAACACCAGCCAGCAGGAGUGCUGCUGCACGUUGGGAGAGGCCUGGGGGCUGGGUUGCCAGUACCACGCCUGCCCCCCCACAGACACAGCUGGGUUUCUGUCUCUGUGUCCCAGUGGGAGAGGAUAUGUGACUACUGGACCAGGAGCCUUCAGCUACAGAGAUGUGGAUGAGUGUAAACGUUUCCACCUGGAGGUGUGUAAAAACGGAGUGUGUGUCAACAACAUCCCCGGAUACAGCUGCUACUGCUCCAGUGGAUACGUGUACAACAGCACACUGCUUGAGUGUGUCGAUCAUGAUGAGUGUGAGGAGGAGAGCUGUGUAGGAGGAGUGUGUGUGAACACGGUGGGUUCGUACUACUGCAGUUGUCAGCCUCCGCUGGUGCUCGACGACACUCAGCGAAACUGUGUCAACUCCUCCCACCUCACUGUAGAUGAGAACCUGUCUGUGUGCUGGCAGCAUGUCUCAGCAGACCUGAUGUGUCAGAGUCCUCUGCUGGGAGCGCAGGUCACCUUCACCAUCUGCUGCUGUCUGUACGGAGAGGGCUGGGGGAUGGAGUGUGCCCUCUGCCCCUCCACCAACUCCGACGACUACGCCUUUCUGUGCAACUCCUUUCUUCCUCCCCUGUUUCCGAGUUAUCCGGAUUCGAGCGGAUCAGAAACAGGAGGGAGAGCAGGUCCAGGAGCAGGACGAGGAGGAGGAGCGAGUGCUUCUCCACGUUUCCCUUCCUACAGUAUAGACUCCUUCCCUCCAGCUGUAGCUCCCAGCAGAGACUUCAGUCGCCCUGACUAUGAUGAUUACUCUCCACCAGGAGGCAGCAGGUCAGGCUUCAGAGGGAGGACACCUGCCUCCUUCAGUCUGCCUGAUGGAGUCUAUCACAGGCCUGAGUAUGGCACUGGUUACUACUCUGAAGGAGAAUAUGGCUCCCCUGACGGCUCCCAACCCAGACCUCCAUCCUUCCACCUCCCACCGGAUCCCCGGGCUGAGACAGCGUUCGGGGCUCGGCCUCCUCCUCCGUCCCGGCCUGACGGUCCUACUCUCAGCCUGGCCCCUCUGCCAGGAGCUCCCUAUGAAGAGCAGGAGGUGGAGGAGGAGGAGGAGGAAACGUGGAGACCAGGUCCACCGUUCACUCCCUUCACUGAGAGGAGCAGGGGAGGAGUAGCAGGACCAAGGAGGGUGUAUGAGAGGCGUUACGAGUCCUAUGCCGGCCUGAGUGCAGCAGAGGAUUGUGGGAUACUGCACGGCUGUGAGAACGGCAGGUGUAUCCGCGUCGCAGAGGGUUACACCUGUGACUGUUACCAAGGAUAUGAACUGGACAUGGCCUCCAUGACCUGUACAGAUGUAAACGAGUGCGAGGACAGCGUCAGCGUGGAGUUCCCAUGUGUGAACGCUCGCUGUGUGAACACCGAAGGCUCGUUUCGCUGCGUCUGCAGGAGAGGAUACAUCAUGUCCCGAAGACCAAACCACUGUGUGGCUGCAUAGACCGGAUCAAGCCAGACUGGACUCCAUUAGACCUGUAUCAGCUGGUCUAGACAAUCUAAGACUGGACUACACAAUAGCUGACAGGGCUAGACUAGAUUGAACUGAACUAGUUUGGGCUUUACUAUAUGAGCAGAUUUGACAAACUAGACUUGACCAGGAUAAAAUGUACUGGACUAAAAUAUUCCAGAUUGCACUAGACCAGACUGGGCUAGGCUGGACUGGAAUGGGCUUGCACAACACUAGGUCACUGUUAUUUUUUCCAUACUCUCUCUGACAGGUGGUUUCUUUAUUUAGAUUUAUGUCGUGGAGGGGUGUUGUCCUGUAGUUCAGGGAUCUGGUCUACCAGGAAACAUCACAGAUAAUUUUGGAUCUAGAAAAAAGAAUUACUGGAUUUUCAUUGCAAAAAGGAAAAUAACUUUUGUUGUAAGGAACACUUGAGACUGGGACCAGGAUAAGUUAAUGGUGUAAUGAACUGACUGUGCACAUGGUUAACUAUCUCAUGUUAUUCUGUCUAUUAUGUUAUUCUAUAUUGAGUUGAGCUGAAAUUUGAAAUUCCUCAUUUUUGGCUGGACCACAACAGCACCUAUAAUCAUGAAUGUCCCUGACUGACUGACUGACUGACUGACUGACUAACAGACUGACUGACUGAGUGAUCGAGUUCCACCACUGGUCAGCUGAAUGCCAUGUGACUGUGUUGGAGUUUCCUCAUUGGCCAUUGCUCUUUCAAAUGAAUUUGCACAAUUUUAGGGGAUGUUCACAGUCUGCAGUGUUGACAACUUAGAGACUUUGUGGCUAUUCAGAAUUUUUUUUUUUUUUUUUUUGCUAAAAAGCACCUAGAGACAAAUUUAGCAACUUUCUGUACAAAUCUUGGCUACUUAUAAGAAGGUCUCCAGAUCUGCCCUCUCUCUGUUUCUCUCUCUCUCUCUCUCUCUCUCUCUCUGUCUACUCGGCAGCAGUUUCUUACCCAGACGGAAGCUGUGCUGUAUGUGAGAGACAAAACCAGAAAAUGAAGCUGAAAUCACAGCUUAGUCUUUGUCUUCAGUUAUAUAUUCUCUGGUAUGUUUGUUAGUUUGUCAGCCCACUAGCUAAUAAAAAGUCUGAUUUGGGAAAAAAAUUAUUUUAAUUUCUUAAAACUUUUAGCAGCUCAACCAGACAAGACUAAACUAAACCAGGUUUGAUAGGAGACUAAAUAACUUUUACCCCACAGGGUUCAGCUCACGUGUUGGGGUUCAGCUCACCAGUUGUGUACAUUUAAACUGUGUUUUUAUUCAUGCUUGGCCAAAAGUUCUGUUUCCUUAAGAUCUUUUCACUAAAUCCACUUUUUGGUGGUUGUUAUAUAUAGUCAUUUUAUUAUAAAUCUAAAUUCUGGUCCCAGGCUGUGGUUUUCAUUAUAACAGCAGAAAAAGUGUAGUGUGAGUUAAACACAACAUACAAAGAAAAAAUUGUAGUGUUGUGCUCAGUCUAAACCAGUCUAGCCCUUUUUAGUUAGCCCAGUGACUGAAACCAGGCUAACCCAUAUGUUGACUCCAGGCCAGCUCUAAAUAGCCUUGUGCAAACCAGAGCAGCCCUGACUGGCCCUGUUUAGCCCUCUAUCAAGAGCACUGGGACCAAUCUGUGCCCACAGUGUAUGUGUACACAGCUACAGCAGCAUCUGGAUUUUUAUCGUAGAUCGUAUGAGAAGGUCUGGUAGGUUUGUUUGGAGACGUGUGAAGUUGUUUAGUAGAAGAAGAGACAGUCGUGUGUUUUUUUUUUAUUUAGGAGACUAACCAGGCUUCACUGGAAGACAGCAGAGAAACACUGAACUCAGAUCAGUUCAGAAACAACAACUUCACAUUUUAACUUGACAGAUGACUGAGGGAAAGAUAUUAACAUCACUGCAAUUAACGAUUAUUUUCAUUAUCCAUUCAUCUUCUGAUUAUUAUUGAUUAAUUGUUGACAAUGUGAAUAAAAUGUAAAAAAAAAAAACAGUAAAAAAAAAAAAAGAAGAAAAAAUAUCUGUUACUCCCAGAGUACAAAAUGUCUUCAAAUAUCAUGUUUUAUUCAAGCUACAGUCCAAAACCCAAUGUGUUUACUUCACUUGCCUACAAGACUGAGUCUCACAGCCUGUGUGUGUUUGCAAGUGACCCAGCAAACAGGUCAAACUAUCAAGAUGUUUCAGAUCAAUGAAUGAGAACUUGAUUACUCACCUCUUCCAUUACGAAUGUGGUGAACACCUCAGAAUUAACAUGUGAACCAUUUCAGGUGUCAACCCUCAGGUUGGGAAACGCUGAGCUAAGAACAAAGAUACAAGGCUGCAGCUGUACUGACCGUUUGGAGUUUUUGCUUGAAAAAUUACUCAAACGAUUAAAUGAUCAUCAAAGUGGUUGCCAGUUAUUUUCCUGUCAAUCAACUAACUGAUUAAUCAACAAAAUGUGCAGCUCAAAUCAGCGUCUCAGCUCAGGUGUGAUAAUGAUCAUAGUGUCUACAGCAUCAAAUAUAUAAAACACCACAACAACAGUCUGCUCAGUGGCAUACAGAUUUGAAUGGUGUCAUCUGCAGUCAUAAAAAAGAAAAUAUUGUUAACGAAUGAUUUACAGCAGAAGUUUAAAUAAUAGAGCUUUAAUUUCAAACAUAUUCCACAUUUUACCACAUUAGCUCCGACUAUGACAUCUAUUUUGUUAAACUCAGCCAUGACAGCUGUCCCACUGUAAAGACAGAAAGCUUCUGCUAACAUGAAGAUUUUAAAUGUUAGCCACUAAGUGCAUCAUUCAUGAGCCAUCUUCUAACUAAAAGCUAAUAGAUAAGAUUAGUACUAGUUAUUAGUUUUCACCAGCUAACGAGAGUCUUUGGAACCUGAAGAAUUGAAAGAGCUUCAUUCUGCUGAAAACUGAUUUGCUCAUGGGGCUGUAGACACUGAAAUACUGAGGCGAUGAGUUCAAAACGUCUCCGGCUGAUUGGUUUAGUUUGUUCCAAAGCAUUCACCAGACUGCCAUCAUGUAACCCUGGUGGAUAAAUGCUUAUCCACUUCAUUACAUUUUAAUUUAAUUUAUUUUUGGCUUAAAAUAGAUAUUAAAAAAGAUAUUUAAUCUGAAGAAUAUCAGAGCAUUAAAAGUGUUUUUCCCAUUAAUGAUCUGUUGCUGAACACAGAAACUCAGGACUCUCCUGGACAAUGUAACCAACCACGUGGGCUGAUGUUCUGACCUCCAGUUUCCAUUAUUUUAGAAGUCAGGUUUUUCUGCAUAAUUCCCACUGUCCACAUGUUUCGCCUCAUGAAUGUACUGGAAGCUGCAUCCAGUCAUAUUGUGUAGAUUGUAACUGACACAAUAAUCCUUAUUGUUACCAAAUGAAUUAAGCUGUUCCAGCCUGUAAGAGAGCGUGUUUACUGUGUUUUUAAUAACUUUCUAUUGUACUUUCAUGCUGAAUCCAUCUUAAUGACCUUUCCUCCUCAGCACCUAAUGUUUGAUGUAUAACAUGCACUGUAUCUGCCAGAGACCAGCCUUAUCUGUUCACACAGGAGAUUGUGUAAAUUGUUUAAAUUGUCAUCUCUGGUGUUUUUUAAACUGUUUGUUUUUAUGGUUAGUGAUUCACUUUUUUUUAUCAUUGUUGGUUGUAUGACAAGAAAUGAAGAUAUAUUUGCACACACUUUUAGUGAAACCUG